CUACCCUGUUGCUUCUCUCCACUUCGUCACUUUCCCGCACGAACCCUCCCUGCUUCUUAUUCUUAUCAUUUCCUCUUCCUCAUCUCUUGCUAUUUUCUCUCUAGUUGUCUGCAAACAAGUUGUUUGGGGAUUUUGGUUUCAGAUGCAGGAACGGUAAAGACACGAACAGUAAAGGAAAUGAGUUGGUCGUCGAGUGAUGAUUUUUUUGUGAGCUGCAAGUUAGAGGUCUUCGCGGUUGACCUCUUUUCCGAACCAUUAGAAUUGACACAGUGCAAAGCUGUCGUCUAUGAUGGGCCGAAGGGUGAUGAUUUCAAGAAGUUCUUGCGGUUUAAGAACUUUCGAGUAAACCGUCAGGGAAAGGCUAUUGUUCGUGUCCAAAAGCGUGACGACGAUGAUGAAUUCCUUGAAGGUGAGUAUGAUACCUUCGUUUUAGAAACGGUGGUACCAUUGGGCCCUUUUGGUUUCCAGAAUGUGCCGUUAUCAAAGCCACAAGCUAUGAACGAAUUGCAAAGCCUCCUAGACAAUACCAAGGCUGAAUUGGUGAAGAAGAAUGAUGAGCUUAAUGAAUUGCGAAGCCUCCUGGAUAAUACCAGGGUAGAGUUGGCAAAGAAAAAUGAUGCACUUAAUGAAUUGCAAAGCCUCUUGGACAAUACCAAGGAUGAAUUAGUGAAGAAGAAUGAUGCUCUUAAUGAAUUAAUGAAGCAGAAGAUUGAUCAGGACUGGAAUCCUGAACAGUUCAGCAGACUGAAUAUCGUUGCGAUCAUUAACUCAAUGAAGAGAGUGUUUCUUGACUUUGGUCUUGAACCACCGGCAAGUGAAGAUCCAGAAUCUGUGCUGAAGUUUGUCGAGAUGUUACAUGAUUUGAUCCUUCACCAAGAAUUCAGUGCCACUUUCUUAGUAUCCGCGAAUGGGAUACUGACCUCUAUUGCAAGUAUGUUUGAGAAAUACACUGGCUUAAGCAUUGGCAUGGAAACAAAUAGUUCGACUGCAGCCCAACUCAUAAAGAAUCUACUUACCUUAAGAGGCUUUAUGGAUUCCCACUUCUUUAUAGAUGGCAGUGUGAUAAUUAGGGAUUUCCGUUUGAUGAACGAGGAGGACCUCCCAAUAAUCUUUCGGGAUUCUGCAACAGGUGUGGUAGAGCUGAAGCAAAAGGAGAUAGGUACGAAAUCAAUCGAUAACAUCGACGCAUACUCCAUCUUCUACGGGUAUUUCAACAUUCCAACGAUGGGGGUGUUCAAAGGUGUUUUGACGAGAGUUCAUGUGAAUCUGCCGGAUGAGAUCAUGGUGAAACUUAGAGUAGGCAAACAUAACCUUAAUGAUAAAAGGUUUUGGUUUGUCUAUGCCAACGGGUCAGGUAUAUUUCAAAAGGAUCCUUUAUGUCCUCUUGAAUCGACGGUAGACAAUAAGCUAGUGGAUGUCAAAUUCCCCCUUUCUCGGAUCUUAGGUGGCGAGACCGACUUCUUAGGGUUUGUGCUUAAGAUGAAUCGAACCUUCGUUAACGAGAAGGGAACAUAUCUCAAGUUUGAUUUUAUUGCAACCAAGAGGACAAUAGCGGUGAACGACCAUCUCCUUCACUAUUUUGACAAGGAUUUUGCACUGUUUGAUCCUUUUAAGUUGGUACAAUUCGAUGUGAAUGAAUGUGCAACCGAUAUCAUAGACCGAAAUGUUUCAGUCCCUUCAUCAUGGACAGAUAAGAGUGAGCAAUAUGCCUCCUGGAUUGUAAAUGAAGCUUUGGGUAACGACUGUGCUUUCACGUUGAAGGGUAUCUGUUUUAUUGGGAAAAUAACAAAAGCCUAUGGUACUUUCCGCAAUAAUGCUCUGGUCAACGUCUUCUUCGAACAUAACCAACACGGGGAGAAUUGUUAUGUCGAUGCUCUGGCAACAACUUUCUUUGUUUUGAAAACAGAGAAAUUAACUUCUUGGGUUAAUGGUGAAAAGAUGGCUCUGGAAUUUAUUUAA